AUGACGCGGGUACCCUUCGGAGCGAAAUCGAGCCCCUUCCUCCUUGCAGCGACUAUACGUCAUCAUCUAAAGUCAGCAGAGACGUCGUACCCGCAGACAGCUCCUUUGCUGUCAAACCACUUUUAUGUGGACGUCGGCGUUGUCGGCGUCAACACCGUCCAGGAGGCGCUCACUCUUUACCACGAAUCACAAGCAAUAUUUCGUGACGCUGGCAUGAAGCUGGUGAAAUGGACUACCAACCGCUCGGAGCUUAAGGGAACUUUCGAGGCCGAUGGAACUGCAAGCCCAUCCGCUACGUCAUUGAGGAAGGCUCUUGGACUCGGUUGGGACAUCAGCACCGAUGAAAUCCGGUACUCCCUGAAAUCCAUCACGGAGUUCCUCGAGAGUAACUUGAACACCGGCACUAAGCGUUAUGUGCUUCAAGCCGUUGCACGUAUCUAUGAUCCCUUCGGCUACGUGACGCCAUACGUUGUCACGGCCAAGAUUCUGCUACAACGUAUUUGGCUGGCAAAGCUGAACUGGGACGACCGGCUGCCAGAAGAUCUCAUGAACACGUGGUCUACGUGGUGCAGGCAGGUACCCCUACUGGCUCGCGUUUCCCUACAGCGGAGGUUAACUGCUCUCAACAUUUCUGAAGCCUCCUGCUCGUUGCACAUUUUCAGCGACGCCAGUCCGCGAGCAUAUGGGGCAGCAGCUUAUCUUGUGAUUAAUGACGGUAGUGGAUAUACCGAAGAGUGCCUCGUUUUGGCGAAGACCAGAGUUGCUCCGCUGAAGACAGUCUCACUACCAAGGUUGGAACUGAUGGGCGCAGUAAUCGCUUCUCGGCUUUUGAAGUUCGUUCAGAGUGCGUUAGCAGUAACUCAUGCCGCGACUAUUCUGUGGACGGACUCGGAGAUAACACUGCACUGGAUUUACGGAGCACCAAGCGACUGGAAACCGUUCGUGCAGAACCGAGUGGCUGAAAUACAGGGCGUUACGGAUCCUCAUCAGUGGCGACAUUGUCCGGGCCAUGACAAUCCUGCAGACCUGCUCACAAGGGGUACUUCAUGUCUUCACCUGAUAGAGAGCAAACUCUGGUGGAAAGGUCCGUCAUGGCUCAUCGAUCAGCAGUCUUGGCCUCCACCUUGGCGGGUUCCGCAAGAAACGUCUGAGGAGGUGCGAAACGAGGCUAAGGGCAGCGACUUGUACUCCGCGCCCGCAUCUGUAAAGGUUCGCGUAAUGAAUGCGGACAGGUACAGUUCGCUUCACAAGCUGCUGCGGGUUACCGCCUGGGCCUUGAGGUUCCUGCACAACAGUACGCACCCCUCCCAGAAUAAGACUGGUGUCCUUACAGCCGAGGAGAUCUCAGCGGCGGAAGAGUACUGGAUUUUAACGGCUCAGCGUGAGGCCUUUGGGCCUCAUCCGACCACUCACAAGUCCCUUCAGAAUGUAUCGCUGUUUCAUGACGGGAAAGGCGUCCUCCGCAUAACAGGUCGACUGCAGUACAGCGAUCUCCACGAAUCAGCGAAGCACCCCAUUGUCAUACCUUCGGAUCACCCGAUUACGGCAAUGCUGAUUAUCCGGGCACACACAAGACUGCUUCAUGCCGGAGUUCAAGAAACCUUGGCAGAACUGCGCGAAGAGCAUUGGAUUAUUCGGGGACGUCAAGUGGUGAAGAAGACUCUGCACGGAUGCCGUAUCUGUCACCGAGCAAAGGCCCAGGCCUGCUCAGAAGCCACUGCUCCUCUGCCACGAGACCGUUUAUCCCAGGCGCCGCCCUGUACAGUCACCGGUACGGAUUACCCAGGACCACUGUACUACAAAUGCUCGGAGCGGUCCGCUAGGAAGUGCUACAUCCUAAUUUUCACUUGUGCGGUGACUAGAGCAGUCCACCUGGGAUUGACUAAGUCUAUGUUGGCCGAAGAUUUCCUGAUGGCAUUCAGAAGAUUCCUGUCGCGAAGAGGUAUCCUUGAGACGAUGUAUUCGGAAUUUUAG